AUGGAAAGGAUAAAGAAAGAGAACAAUGAAGCAUAUGAUUGGUUAAUGGAGCAUAAUGAUCCCUCAAGUUGGUCUAGACAUACAUUUGACUACAAAGCCAAGAGUGAUCAUAUUACAAACAACAUGACUGAGUCCUUCAACCAUUGGGUAGGAUCGUUGAGAAGCAAGCCUAUACUAAAUCUGAUUGAUGAGAUCAGGAUUAAGGUGAUGUCAAGGUUACACAAAAUAUAUGAAAAGGUCUGCACUAUGGAGGGGAUGGUGACACCAAAUGUUAGAAAGAAGUUGAUGAUGAUUAUGUCAGAUUCAAGGUUCUGUACACUAUUGCAAUCUGGAUAUGAGCAGUUUGAAGUCACAGAUGGGUUGUUAAGAUUUGUGGUGCAUGUGACAAAUAAGACUUGUUGUUGUAAAGUAUGGGAUGCUAUAGGAAUCCCUUGUAAACAUGCAGCAUCAGCAAUCCGACAUAUUAGGGGUGAUAUGGAAGCCUACUGUGACUCAUUUUACACUGUAGAGAGAUACAUACUUGCACACAAGGAGAUGAUUAAACCACUACUAGAUUUGGAUAAGUUGGAAGUUGAUGAUGGUACUGAUGUAUGGCAUCUUCCACCAUUGAAAAGGCAACCUAGUAGACCCAACAAAAAAAAAAUAGAAGGGAACCUGUAG